GGCGAGGGAGGGAACCCUGGGCCCUCAGCGCGUGGGUCCCGGCGGCGACGGGAGCGCAGCCAAUGCUUGGGGAGGAGGGCGUGGCUAGCUCUGUCUCGUGGAUCCAUCCGCCCGGGCUUGCUGUGCUGAGGCCGAAGGAGCGGCCAUUUUGGAUGCUGGGCUGUGAUUCUUAAGUUCGUCUCUGCUGUUCUGACGCUUGCAUUUGGCCAGGAGGAACAGCACAGCAUGCUGGGCUCUGGAUUUAAGGCUGAGCGUUUACGAGUCAAUUUGAGAUUAGUCAUAAAUCGUCUUAAACUAUUGGAGAAAAAAAAAACGGAGCUGGCCCAGAAAGCAAGGAAGGAGAUUGCUGACUAUUUGGCCGCUGGAAAAGAUGAACGAGCUCGAAUCCGUGUGGAGCAUAUUAUCCGGGAAGACUACCUUGUGGAGGCCAUGGAGAUCCUGGAGCUGUACUGUGAUCUGCUGCUGGCUCGGUUUGGCCUCAUCCAGUCUAUGAAGGAGCUAGAUUCUGGUCUCGCUGAAUCUGUGUCUACACUGAUCUGGGCUGCUCCUCGACUCCAGUCAGAAGUGGCUGAGUUGAAAAUAGUUGCUGAUCAGCUCUGUGCCAAGUAUAGCAAGGAAUAUGGCAAGUUAUGUAGGACCAACCAGAUUGGAACUGUGAAUGACAGGCUAAUGCACAAACUGAGUGUGGAAGCCCCACCCAAAAUCCUGGUGGAACGAUACCUGAUUGAAAUUGCCAAGAAUUACAAUGUGCCCUAUGAGCCUGACUCUGUGGUCAUGGCAGAAGCUCCUCCUGGGGUAGAGACAGACCUUAUUGAUGUUGGAUUCACAGAUGAUGUGAAGAAAGGUGGCCCUGGAAGAGGAGGAGGAGGGGGCGGGUUCACAGCACCGGUUGGUGGACCUGGUGGAACAGUGCCAAUGCCCAUGCCCAUGCCAUCUCCAAACACUCCUUUCUCAUAUCCACUGCCAAAGGGGCCAUCGGAUUUCAAUGGAUCGCCAGUGGGGACUUACCAGGCCUUUCCCAAUAUUCAUCCACCUCAGAUACCAGCAACUCCCCCAACGUAUGAAUCUGUUGAUGACAUUAAUGCUGAUAAGAAUGUUUCUUCUGCACAGGUUGUUGGUCCUGGACCCAAGCCAGAAGCCUCUGCAAAGCCCCCUUCCAGACCUGUGGAUAACUACGACAACUUUGUACUACCAGAGUUGCCAUCUGUGCCAGACACACUACCAACUACGUCUGCUGGUGCCAGCACCUCAGCAUCUGAAGACAUUGACUUUGAUGAUCUUUCCCGGAGAUUUGAAGAGCUGAAAAAGAAAACCUAGGCCUCUUAAACCAGGCAACUUCAAGUUCUGGGAGUUGAAUCUGAGCAGUUUCAUCUUGUAACAAAGAAUCUCCAUGAAAUUCCAUUUCAUCUAUUAACUGUCACUGAGCAUACUCUUCCUUUGGGCUCUCUUCCUGCUCAACCAGAUUCUGCUGCUUUCCAGUUCUCUAUUAAUCCUAAGAGACUAACAACUGGAGACUCUGAGAUCAGAGCAGCUGGCUCCUGGCAGCUGUGCUUGUCUGUUUCCUGUCAGAAUGAUUCCAGGUCCAACAGUUCCUCCACAGAAGAGUGAGAAGAUGAAAGCAUUGCAGGAAGAGUGCCAAAGAUGGCUGGACAAUGGAGGACAGCACCCCAUGAAGUGUCUCAGCCAUGUGUUGCGAUUCCAGACUUAGAAACAAACCCCUCUGUACAGGGGGAUUGUGGUGAGUGAGAAUCAAGACCAACAUGUGUGUUUUCUCACUCUCUAAUUGAAUGGGAGGGAAAGAAAAAGACUCAGGAAGUCACUGUAAAGGUUCCUGGAAGCUGGGCCCUCUCAUUGGCAUAUACACUACUCCUUGCUGCAGGGUACUAUUCCACCUGGAUCCAGUGGCAAAGUUUAUUUGGGAAGUUGAAGGCCUCUCUUAGUUCUGCUGGAUUCUCAGGGAGCCCUCUGUGGCCUUUUGCUUUAUUUUGAGUGCUAUGUUUCCCUUUUACCAGAGGGCAGCACUGUGGAAAUACCUGUUUUCCCCAUAGGAUGUUCUGUUGGAUUGCAUUAUUGGCAAAGGAAGGACAGGCCACAUAUUGGGCAGAAGUUGUCAUUCAAGCCUAGGGUGGGCUUCCAGCUGCCUUAAUAGAAGUACUCAAGUCUCGGGUAGUGAGCUGGAAAGCCUACAGGAAAGGAGGAGUACCUGUUUUCAUUUGAAAACUUUAUGAUCAAGGGAAUCUUUAAAAACUGAUCUCUGAUAAAUUUUUGGUGCCCACGUGGCUGUAGUUCACUGCUUUCCUGGGUGGAUGAGAAUCUUACCAUCGUAACUUAUGUGCUUUUUUGGCCCUUAGCUAAGGCUAUCCUUCUUCACAGGGGUGGCUUUGGGAUUGGGAGAUACAGCUUUUGCUUCUGUGUGAUGUAUCUAUACAUACCUGAUUCAAGCAACUUUCCUUUAAUAUUUUUGAUUGGUUUGUAUUUUAUAGCUUAGUAGCUGCUAAUAAAGUUAAAGAUCCUG